CAUACAGCUCUGUUCCUGCUCACACCCGUCUUUAGCGCCCCGGAUCCGAAGGCUGUUAGCAGGACGGCAGCAGAUUAGCAUCAUGGCGGUGGCUGUGCGAGCUUUACAAGACCAGCUGGAGAAAGCGAAGGAAAGCUUGAAGAAUGUGGACGAAAAUAUAAAGAAAUUAACCGGCAGGGACCCGAACGAGUUACGGCCAGGUCAGACCAGACGGCUUUCUCUCACAGGCCCAGGUGGAGGUGGAGGUAGAGGCAGAGGAAUCAACAUACUGAGGCGUGGACUCUCCGAUGGCGGUGGAGGACCCCCAGCCAAACAGAGGGAUGUCGAAGGGGCUCUCUUAAGGCUGGCAGGGGAUCAGCGAGCCAGGAGAGAUUCACGACAUGACAGCGACGCUGAGGACGAGGACGAUGUCAAAAAACCAGCGUUGCAGUCAUCAGUAGUCGCUACCUCCAAGGAGCGCACACGCAGAGAUCUGAUUCAGGAUCAGACAAUGGACGAGAGAGGAAAGCAAAGAAAUCGCCGCAUGUUUGGCCUGUUGAUGGGAACUUUACAGAAAUUUAAGCAGGAGUCCACCGUGUCCACAGAGAGGCUCAAAAGACGGCAGGAAAUCGAGCAGAAGCUGGAAGUACAAGCCGAACAAGAGCGUAAGAAAGUGGAGAGCGAGAGACGCGAGCUGUUCGAGGAGAGACGAGCCAAGCAGACGGAGCUCAGGCUUCUGGAGCAUAAAGUGGAGCUGGCUCAGCUGCAAGAGGAGUGGAACGCCCACAACACUAAGAUCAUCAAGUUCAUUCGCACGAAGACCAAACCUCCGCUCCUCUACCUGCCGGGUCGCAUGUGUUCAGCCACACAGAAGCUCCUGGACGAGUCUCAGAAAAAAAUGAAUGCCAUGUUUGAUGAGAGGCGCGAGGCGUUCGCCGAGCACCUGAACAAGAUGGAGGCUCGGCCGAGGCGUCAGUCUCAGCGCACUGGCAAAAAGGAAACGGAGAACGCUGAAGGGCGGAAGAAAGAAGAGGAAGAUGAAGAGGAGGGUAAGCAGAAGGAAAGGUUGACAGGUAAACGGCAUGGUGUAGAGAUGGAGGAGGAUGAGGAGGAGGAGGAGGCAGAGGAGGAAAUGGAAGAGAGGGAGGAGAGUUCCGAGGUCAGGGAGAGGGAAGGAGAUGGGGAGCAGGAACAGAAGGAGGAAGAGGUGAUUGAGAAGGAAGAGGGGAAGGGGGAGAACAAUGAGGAAGAGGAGGAAAAGGCAGUAGUGGAGGAUCGAGAGGUAGAGGAGAAGAUGGAGGUUGAGAUGGUAGUGGGGGAUUUAGAGGGAGAGCAGCAGCAAGAAGUGCAGGAGAAGAGUCCAGAGGUAGAAGAGGUAGGUAACGAUAGAGAGGAAGAGAAAGAGAAGGAAAUCCAUCAAGAAGACGGCGCAGAGUCCCCAAAAAUCACCGAAAACAACAUGGAAGUCCAAGCGGAGGAGUCUACAGAUCCUCCUGCCGAUGUUUCCUUGCAACCCACAACUAAAAUAGACCUCACAGAGGCAGGUGGUGCUCUCGAGCCCCAACCUCAGACUGAACAAGAAGAUGCAAAGCAGCCACAGGAAGUAGUCGUAGAGUCUCAGGAAGCAAAGAAUGCCGAGGGGGAAGUGGACGAGGCGCGAGGUCGAGCUAAAGUGAGGAGCAAAAGCCAGAAGAGCAGCAGUAGCUCCUCGAGCUCCUCGACAAGUUCCUCGUCCAGCGGCUCAAGCUCGUCCUCCAGCAGCUCCAGUAGCUCUUCGUCAGGCUCUUCGUCGUCGAGCUCUCGGUCACGCAGCCGCAGCAGAGAGCGUCGCAGGAGGAAUUCAGAACGGAGGAAGAGCGACAGGAGUCAGAAGGCGAGCAAAAGCAGCAGCGGCCACAGAGAAAGGAAAGAGAGGUCCAAGGAGAAGGACAGGAAAAGGACUGCUUCGGACGGAGGCAGGUCGGGAAAACGGCCAUCACGCAGCGAGCGGGACCGAAAAUCAGACCGAAAAGAGAAAAGGCGCUGAAGGAAAAUGACACUGAGAGAGUCUGAGAAUUGUCAUUGGGGGAGUUGGAAUUGCCUUAAAAUAACAUCCUGCUCUUUAAGAUUAAAUCUGUCUUCUGGGUUUCUUUUUUUUUCUUUCUUUCUUUCUUUUUUUUUUUUUUUUAAAUACAUUUAUCUAUUGCUUUCUGUGCUUGCUGUCCUAAUUUGUAGCUUUUAUAAACAUUGAUUUUAAGCUCAUGUUAAACCUGUGAACUUUAUCCGAUACCAGAAGUGAUGAGUUUUGUACCGAACGUGAGCGGUUUUCACCUCAGUAUCGUGGGUUGUCAUGUCCUCAGCAUGGUAGUGUAGUGAUCUCGUGCAGAUGUCUGUCUUCAGUUCCUCUCUGUAAAUGUCAGGCGACCGCCAGCCCGCCGUGUCAGGACAAGAGCCGCAUCCCUGAUUUUUAGAGAGCCGCUGACCUUUUGUAGAAACGAAGCGUAAUCGUAUGCUGGGAGGAAGUUGAAUAAAAACGCAGAAAAACAAA